GCUUGUCAUGGCGCGCAUUUAUUGAAUUUUUUUCGGAGUGCGCAGUAGGUUGUCGGUGUCGAUUUCUAUUUCUAUUUUUCUGAUAUACUUAUUUUAUAACAAAUUUUAUCAGUGAUACAAUCAAACAUCAUGAGUUACAGGGAUUCUUACUCACUAUUUCCGAGAUCUCAUUCAUACUGCGCAGCUAAUGAACAGCGCGUAGGAUCCUACUUAAGGACACUAAUGAGCUUUGGGUCUCCGUCGGCGGUCCUCAACUCGCUGUCGUUUCGCUCGAGGCCCUUCGCGGAGGUCUCCUACAGCCCCAUUCCGGACCUCAAUGAGGUCUAUCCGGGACUCUUCGUUGGAGAUGCUGUCGCUGCGAAAGACAAGGCGUUCCUCCGUCGCAUGGGCAUAAACUACGUUCUGAACACGGCCGAGGGGAAGCGAUACACACAGGUUGACACAGACCACUUGUAUUACCGAGACUGUCCCGGACUACGCUACAAGGGCUUCCAGCUGAUGGACCUACCCAGCACUGAUAUAUCAAAGUACUUCCAUAUCGCUGCGAACUUCAUCGACGAAGGCAUUUCCAGUGGUGGCCGUGUUCUCGUCCACUGUUUUAUGGGCGUGUCCCGCUCAGCGACUUGUGCGAUAGCCUUCCUCAUGAUCAAGCGGGGCAUGACGCUCACAGAAGCGCUAGCGGCGGUACGCUCUCGGCGGGACAUCCAUCCCAAUGAGGGCUUCAUACGUCAGCUGCAGCAGCUAGACCGGGAGCUACGUGUUUCCCGCAUCCGCUGACCCAUCACUCCCCUCCAGCCGCUCCUUGGCCUCUCCUACGAGCUCAGGUACGGCCGGCAUCGCGUGCGCAGUCUAGACCGCCAAUACACACACAGGUACUAGAUUAAACAAUAAAGUAAUUCCAUGAAUCGAGCUCCUAGACUAUUCUUAAUUCUUACAGCUGGAUUAGAAAUAUAUUUUGGCUAAUGAAGUUGCGUCAUCUCCAUUUUUCGGGGCUCUUUUCAUGGAUAAAUUUACGGAUGAUGCCCAAUAAAAUAUAAGCGCAGACUGCUCUAUAAAAUAUAACAUAUUUCGAAAGUAUUUACUCAAAUCUUACCGCCUUGCGGUGUAAAACAUAGGGGCUGAAUGUUCAAGCAUUUGCCCAAUAAUAACAUAUAAAAUCUAUAUUUUAUGAAUAAUUUAAGAAUUCCUAAUAUGUAAUUAUCUGAUAAUUGUAUUUUUGUAAGCCACAAUAUCAUCUGAAAUCCUCAUUAGAUAAAACAAAAUAACUUCCUACUAACAAAUGUGUUUGUUGAUAAAAUUGAAAUUUUUGCUUUUUGUUACUGGAAGUUUCUUUAGGUUGCUGGCAAAAUUGACUUUUAUAUCGUCAAGGUUAUUACUAAGGAAAUAUAAGGUAUGUGAUCUUAUUAUGUAUUACAAGUAAAUCUCGUGUGCCAUUUUGUUUUCGUAUUGUUAUAGAUGGAUCCAUUAUUUUUGUAAAAUAAACCUUAAAUUGUAAGUCAUUAAGAAGUCCAAUAUAUAAGACGUUAUAGCUUCUAUUGAGUAAUAAUAAUUAAUAUCUCUUCGACUAUAGUACAAUUUUCUAGCCUUAGUCAUGUGAUGACGUAUUCUUGUUAUGACGCCCUGGGUCGUCGCUGGUGUGUUAUGUUUGGUAGCUUUAAGUUUUCUUCAAGACUGGCAUUUUGGCACUUGAGUGAUGUCUUGUUUGUAGAUAGUAAGCUGAAGCAAAAACAUCAGUAAACUAUUGGGGAGCUAAUAAGACGUAAGUAAAGUCACAAUAGAUACCUUUGUGUAGUGUGAAAAUGUUACGAAUACUAUUUAUUAAAAUGGGUUCACCCACGAAACAAAAACAAAUAGGCGACACCUUAUUGUUAUUUCUCUAACAAAAGUUGCGUGACGUACGCGGGGCUGCGGCAGACGGAAGGAGCAGCUCCGCCCUUUUUCGAAUGGAAAACAAAAUUACCCUGUCCCUUUACUUGAUGUCUGUGCGAAUUACUUAGCAGCUGUGCACACGUUGAUACACACUGGAUUCUAAUUUGGUUCGUGGGUUCACCUAACUGUCAAGGUUAGUGUAUUUAUCUAAUUAGAUUUGCACUUUGAAACUGCUCUUGGGCGGUUUAAACUGCAUGAGAAUGGUCAGUGCUCCUCAGGUGUUUACUAAAUAGUUUGUAACGUUUACCUUAAUAUGUAUGUCAUUGCACCGGCGCGCGUCGGCGUCACGGGGAGUAGGCACAUUGUCAGCUCCCGACGUGUUGCCAACACGUGACAUUUGGCCGCCCAAUGGUGUCGACGUUGAAGGUCUGUUUAAAAUUAUAGCACUUGACGGCUUGACCCAAAAGCAAGACCUACUUUCAGUUGAAUUUAUUUGAUGUUAUUUAUUUAUCGUUUUAUAACAGCUUCUGAUUUAGUGUAAAUGUCAAAAGUUACAUAUAAAAAUCGUAUUUUUAAAAUAUAAAAAUGGUCGCAUAUUAGUAAAAGUGAAAAUAUUUAACUAGUCUGUUUGUAAGUACAAUAGUUAGAUUUAAUAAGCACCAAAGAAAGCAAAGUUUGUGAUAUUGAAGUUGAUGGAUUAUAUAAAAAUGAUUAAGCAUAUAUAUGUUCUAUUCUAGUUAUUUUUCAUACAUGUACAGCCAACUUCACGUCAAUUAUUUAGCUACCCAGCUUGAUGUGCGGGUGACUGUACAUAUUUUUAUUAACAUUACAACUGUACCUUUAAAUUAUUUUCGUGACUUGCUAAAUAGAAUAUAUGUGUAUGCAGAUGAAAUAUUAUUUAUUUUGUAUUAAUAUUGUAUUUUGCAAAAGAUGAAAAAGUAUGUAACUUUACCAAUAGGCUAUGCUGACAUUUUUAAGUAACUAUCAGUUCUUUAUUUACAUGGUGUAUUGAAAAAUUAAAAAAAUAUAUAUUUCCAAACUUGAUUGAAAUUGUAUUGUCCAAUUUUGCUCUACACUAUUAUUUAGAUUAUACAUACAUAUUUAUUAUUAUGAUACAAAUAAAGUUUAUUUAUUACUAAUUUAUAUAUUAUAACAUAACUGAUAGAAUUUUAUGUCAAAUUUUUUCAAAAUUUAUGCAUAUAUCCAACUUACACUUGUAAAUAGGUAUUGAUAGUGAUAGAUAUGUUUUUCGAACACAUUCUUUAAUAUUUUUUUUGUAAAUAAGCAUCAAAUAGCCUAUUGUUUACAUAACAGUGAAAGUGAAUCAUAGUUUGUUAAUAAAAAUAAAGUUAUUUAUCAUAGGAA